AUGGCGGCCGCUCCUACCGAGCUGUGGGACUCUUACCUCCAUGCCCUCGAGACAGCCCCGCUGUUGACCAAGUCUAUCACGGCGGGGUGCAUCUUCCCCGCCGCCGACUCCGUGGCUCAGUGGUUCGACAACAAGGGCCAGGACGACGGAGAGCUGCAGCAGCAAUGGGACAUCGCGCGGACGCUGCGCUGGUUGUUCUUCGGCUUCGCGGUACAGGCGCCAUGGAACCACUUCUUUUACGUCCUCCUGGACGGAGCGUUGCCCCCGACCCCCGACCCUCUUUCGACGACGACGGCUGUGAAGGUUUUGAUCGACCAGUUCGUGCAAGCACCAAUCUUUACGGUGGUUAUCUUUGGGGUCCUCGGCCUUCUUGAAGGCAAGGCUGUGGCGGACAUCCGGGAACAGCUGAACCAGGACUACAAGAGCACGAUGCUGGCAAACUGGGGAGUGUUCGUCCCCGCGGCCGUCGUGAACCUCGCCUUCUGCCCCCCGGAGCUGCGAGUCCUCUUCCUGAACGUGGUGUUCUUUGGGUGGACGAUAUUCCUCAGCACGGUCGUUAGCAAGGGCCCAGGGGAAGCAGUAGAAGAAGCCUAGACUUCCCGUUUAGUCUUGAGAUGUUGAUAGAUUGCGCCGGAGUGUGGAGCGCUGCGAUGGAGCGCGGCAGAACGGCGAUGGCAAAGGCGAAAGGCGCGGCAGAGAACGCCCGUAGAAUGGGGGCGCACGCCUUUUAUGGGUGGCCGACGCAGGUGGCGGGACAUCCCUCAAGCGUAGCGGUUUUUCGACCGGCAGCAAAACGCGAGUGUGCUGCUGAAGUAGGGUGAGGGGGGCGCUAGUGGGAGCCGGAUUCGAGUGGUGAAAAUACGGUCGUACCGAGCAAGACUAUCAUCAUGAAGGCGCGGUUCGUCGUUCGUCUCCAGCUUGAACUCUGCUGAACAAUUGGAUGA